AUCAAAUUGCUCUCGCUGUCCAGUUUAAUGCUCUAAAUGCUGGUGGAAAGAAGGAAGAUGUACAUGAAGUGAGGAUUCCUGAGUUUUUGCAAUGGUCAGACUAUUCAUUUAUUGCCACACAUUCCACAACUCGGAGUUGCUAUGAAGGCAGGGGCCUCGUCCAUGUGGGCUUCAUGCUGUGGUCUGCUGAAUGAAGUCAUGGGCACAGGGGCAGUGAGAGGCCAGCAGCCCGGGUUCGGAGCCAGUGCUGGACCCUUCCGGUUUGCCCCCAGCGCUGGAUACUCCACAUACCCGCCCACAACCUCAGGGAGCCCCAGCCUUGUAUGUAAGGCCUGUGGCCAGGCAUUCUCGGUCUUCAGGAGGAAGUAUAUCUGCUGUGACUGUAAGAAGAGCUUCUGCACGCUGUGCUCCAUGCUUCAGGAGAACUUGCGUAUAUGUGCCACAUGUCACCUGCUGAAGGGGACAGCCUUCCAGAGACCACAGCUGAUGCGGCUGAGGGUCAGAGACCUGCGGCAGUACCUGCUGCUACGCAACGUCCCCACAGACACAUGCAGGGAGAAGGAGGACCUGGUGGAACUGGUGCUCUGUCACCAGGGGACCGAAAGGGAGGGGGACCCCGACAUGGCUAGCUUCAACUCCCGCUCCCUCUACACCCCGCCCCCUUCCACCACACGCUCCGCCUCCGAGCUGUCUACUCUCUCCGCCUCUCAGGGGGAAGCGCUCAGCAGGAGCGACAGCUCAGGGACUACCAACCAGGAUAUAGGAGACGCUACAUCUCUCUCCACCCUGAACCUGGAACCCAGUGAACACACACCAGAGGUGAUUCCUCAGAUGUGGCAGCGAGCACGGGCCUCUCUCUCAGACAUCUCUUGCCUGAGGGACAUCGAGGGUCUGUCCGUCAGACAACUGAAGGAGAUCCUGGCCAGGAAUUUUGUCAACUAUUCAGGCUGCUGCGAGAAGUGGGAGCUGGUAGAGCGCGUCAGACGCUUGUACAGAGAGACAGAGGAGAACAGGAAGUCAUUGGAAAACGUGAACACAGCUGUAACUUCAGUGGUGGCCUUGCCCCUUCCUCCCAUCUGCAUUGGAGGGAUUGGAGAUCGGGAGAAGGCCCAGCUGACCAACCUGGAUAACAGCCUGUGUAGGAUCUGCAUGGAUGCUGCGAUUGACUGCGUCCUUCUGGAGUGUGGUCACAUGGUCACCUGCACCAAGUGUGGUAAGCGUAUGAGCGAGUGUCCCAUCUGCAGGCAGUACGUUGUGAGAGCUGUGCACGUCUUCAAGUCCUAAUGUCUGAACCCAUCACCACCGUCUCAGAACAUCUUCAACAAAACAUUAAUCUCCAGAGAAACGGAAAUCUGUUCCUUCACAGUCCAUACUGGGAGACUGCCUCCAUGCUCUCACCACCAGUACUUCUUGUUGUGGGUGUUCAUGUUUUCAUCCCCUGAAACGCUUACAUUAUUUGCACACUUAAACGUGACUAUUAAAAAUGCAGUGUUCUCUUUUUACCUUGUAUUAUUUAGUCUGACUAAUCAGUAUUUGAAGGAAAAAAGGGCAGCAGUCUACCCUCGUAUUAUUCCAUUACUAAACACAUCCUUGACUUGUUCCUAUCAAGAAUGUGAGCUAUUCAAUCACAUGUGCAUUGUUGUCUAACAUGACGUAUCACUUUUGAAUCUGCCUGCUAUGAACUGUAGCAUUUGCUGCAAAUAACUGCAUAUCUUAGUAAUUCUGAAGAAAAUACUGUACUGUGCAACAGGAUGGGGAAUGAGCAAAUUAGAGGUCUAUUUGGAUUCAAAACAGCAAUAUCCAAUGUAAUUUGCUCUUUUGUCAUGUCUUAGCACUGAGUGUUAAGAUGGAAAAGAAAAACAGGUGCUAAAUAUAUUCAAAUGUUUUUCCAACUUAAAAAUUGUGGAUUUUCUUUAAUAUGUUCCAUUUUCUUUUGAAAGUGGAAGGAAUAGUUUGUUUUUAAUUGAUACAUGAUUGUAGUUAACACAGAACUAACCAAUCAAAGAGAGCUGCAACUUAACUGACACUGGAAUAUAAAGUGUGUCUAUAUAUAUAUAUAUAUAUAUAUUAGUACCAUUGUAGAAUAAUAGGGAAGACAUCAACACUAUGAAAUAACACAUGGAAUCAUGUAACAACAAAAAAAUGUUAAAUCAAUAUAUUUUAUGUGAUAUUCUUCGAAGUAGCCACCCUUUGCCUUGCACACUCUUGGAACUUUUUUUACUAUUUUCUACAUUGUAGAAUAAGUGAAGACAUCAAAACUAUGAAAUAACACAUACCAAGAGUGUGCAAAGGUUGGCUGCUUUGAAGAAUCUCAAAUAUAUUUUGAUUUAACACUUUUCUUUGUUACUACACUAUAUGUGUUAUUUCAUAGUUUUUAUGUCUUCACUUAUUCUACAAUGUAGAAAAUAGUAAAAAAUAAACAAACCCUUGAAUGAGUAGGUGUGUCCAAACAGAGUGCAAGUGAGAGAGAGGUGACUUGCUGCACAUUUGCAUAUGUUUCAUAUCACUAUGAGAUGUUCAUAUCUAUAUUUUUUUCCAUUUGAUUUGAACGUGUAAUAUUGAAUUAUUUAAGAUGUCCCUCAGAUUAGGCAAGUUUAUAAUUAAAGAGUUGUUUCACUGUCAGGUGGAUUGAAAUGUGUUGUUACUGCAUUGGUUUGCUUGAGCUGUGUUCCCAAAUCAGAAGCAGAGUAUAAAGACAUGCACAGUUGCGUCUGAAAUGGCACCCUAUUCCUUAUCAAGUGCACUACUUUUGACAAGAACCUAUGGAGCUUUGGUCAAAAGUAGUGCACUAUAUAGGCCAGGGAAUAGGGUGCCAUUUCUUACAUAGGGUUAGAGAUGUUAUUUGCAUACCGAUCUGUUUGUUUUCUACCCUAUUAAAAUACUAAGCACUGUACUGUAUCACACAAAGUCAACAUUGCUGCUAUUUCAGAAAAUGUCACAUGCAAGCACCUAGAGUAGCUGAGCAGGUUGUACUUCACUUUGGAAGGGUAUGCUAAACAGUGUGUAAGGUCUGGUCUUUGGGAAUGUUUAACUUUUUAUUUUGGUAAUUAAAUAUUUUUAUUAAAAUACA